CGGCUAAUUAAGGUAACUACGGUACUCCGUAGGGCUGCCGGCAACGAAACGCGCGACUCCAAGAUCAGAGCUAACGCCGACGCCCAGCCGGAGAAUCUGGACAAGGGUUGUCUGGAGCACACCUCCGGUUUCAUCUCAGCAGGGCUCCACGCGAACCUUAAUUAAACGAUCCGAAGACUGGAGUGAAGGUCGCCGAAAGGAUCCAAUAGUAUAAGAAAUGACAUGCGCCGUAUCAACAGGGCGGAUAGGAAUGAGCACAGGCUGCCCGUUGGGACACUGCUAUUCCACGCCAGCAUCUACAAUCGUCCACAGGCAAGCACAGAGGGUCAACAGAAUUAACACACAACAUGGGCCUCCGACAACUGGCCAUCAGUGGCAUGCUGGCCGUCGCCGCCGCUGCUCAUGCCCUCGUCCCCAGGCAGAACAUCAACCCGGGCCCGGUGUCGGGCAGCACCUUCAUCCAUGACCCCACGGUGGUCAAGACUCCCAGCGGCACCUACCUGGCCGCCUAUACGGGCGACAACGUGCAGCUCAAGACAUCGACCGACCGCACCGUGUGGCGCGAUGCCGGCCCUGUGUUCCCCAACGGCGCACCGUGGACCACGACCUACACCAAGGGUUCCAAGAACCUCUGGGCGCCCGACAUCUCCUACCACAACGGGAAGUACUACCUGUACUACUCCGCCUCGAGCUUCGGAUCAAGCCGCUCCGCCAUCUUCCUCGCCACGAGCACCACCGGCGCGUCCGGCUCGUGGACGAACCAGGGUCUGGUCAUCGAGUCGUUCGACAACAGCAACUGGAAUGCUAUCGACCCGAACCUGAUUGUCGAUGCCCAGGGCAAGUGGUGGCUCUCCUUCGGCUCGUUCUGGUCGGGCAUCAAGAUGAUCGCGAUCAACCCGUCUACCGGCAAGCGCGCCGACAGCCAGUUCAUCUCGCUCGCCUCGCGCCCCAACAACGGCGGGGCCAUCGAGGCGCCCUUCAUCAUCCGCAACGGCAGCUACUACUACCUCUGGGUGUCUUUCGACCGCUGCUGCCAGGGUGCCGCCAGCACCUACCGGAUCAUGGUCGGCCGGUCCACCAGCGUGACGGGACCGUACGUCGACAAGAACGGCACGCCCAUGAUGCAAGGGGGCGGAACCCAAAUGAUGUCGAGCCACGGCUCGGUGCAUGGUCCCGGCCACAACGCUGUGUUUAAGGAUAAUGAUGCUGAUGUACUGGUGUACCAUUACUACAACGAUGCUGGGGAUGCGCGGCUCGGUAUCAACCUCAUUCGUUACCAGAAUGGAUGGCCCGUCAUCUACUAAACUUUGCAUCGGGAGAGAAGACUGCCAGAUGGAGAAGAGAGGUGAAAUUGGACAGCAGUCGAUUUGUAUUUUCAAUUGUUCUCCGUUCGUAUUCAGCAGUGUAUGUACUGCACUGCAGGGGCAUGUAUAUAGUUCACCUUACAGAUGUACAUACUUCUUAACAUAGCCCAAAAGCUCGAUCCUUGAGUCGCCACGCAACAGCG